AUGGAACAUCCAUUUGAACCAAAUACUGCAAGCAGUACCAAAAAUGAUUGGUCACGUGGUGGAAGGCAGUGUGUUGUGGUUGAUUGUAGCAAUAACCAGAAGAAACUUUACGACUGGGAAAAUUCCCCCUGCCAGUUUCAUAAUGAUGUAAAUGGCAAAGACUGUCCAUGUCUUGUACCGUUCAAAUUCCACUGCAUACCGGCAUCGGGAGAAAAUCGUCUCCAGUGGUUGAAAUCCAUCAACAGGAAAGGCUUUGAUCCUCCUAUCAAGUCAGUGGUUUGUUCGAAGCACUUUAUAGAUGGCCGCCCUACAAAGCAAAACCCAAUCCCAGUGUUGGAAAUGGGAUAUCGACCAGUGACGCCAAAGACACCUGGACGUAGACCUUUGAAAAGACUCCGUCUAGAAUCUAAUGAAAAUUCAAGUCCAAGACAGUCACAGCCACAACCUGAUCCAUUAUCAACUCCUGUAAAACGACCAAGUCCAAAAGUGGGCUGUCCUCCUGACGAAAUGUUGACAGCUACCCCAAUCACUGAUGCUGAUGAAGCCUUUACGGACUGUCAGCAAUGUUUAAGCAUCUGUUGUCAGAAAUACCCACAACACUGCCAUAAUGCCAAUAAGCCUAAGCUAGUAGACAGCAGUACACAGACUAUUGAUUUGGUGGCCCAUGACCACACUUACUGGUAUUCUCUUAAAACAAAGACGGUAUCUACUCAGCAUUCUUCUGCGGUAUUUGGUUUUGAAAACAUACAAACAGACUCAGACUCUCGUUUUUACACAGGAUUGAGCCUCUCGGUGUUCAUGACAUUAAUUUCAACAUUGUCAACUUAUGGAAAAGGUUUCCCAUACAGAAUGAGUGUUCCAAACCAAAUCCUCUCAGUGCUGUUAAGAUUAAGGCUUGCACUCACAUUCGAAGACAUCGGCAGACGUUUUGGUGUGUCUCACCAACUCAUGAGUAAUGUUUUUAAGUCAUGGAUCAAUGUAAUGUCCCAACAUCUGUCACAUUGUGUGGUAUGGUUGCCCAGAGAUACUAUUCGAAGAACAUUACCAAAUUCCUUCAAAACAUCAUUUCCAAAGACAACCUGCAUAAUAGACUGUUCUGAAAUUUUUAUUCAAAGGCCAUUUUCAUUAAAAGCAAGGGCUCAGACUUGGAGUACAUAUAAAAGUAAUAACACUGCCAAAUUUCUGAUUGCGAUAGCUCCAAGUGGAUUUAUAAUGUACAUCUCACCAUUGUAUGGUGGACGGGCAAGUGACAAUUUCAUCACUAAAAAUUGUGGAUGUUUGGACUAUUUGCUGCCUGGGGAUGAGGUUAUGGCUGAUCGUGGUUUCACAAUAGGUGAGGAUAUGUGUAGCCGUCGAGUCAAACUGAAUAUUCCUGCAUUUAUGAAGGGUCGGUCGCAGCUAUCCGAACAGGAGACCAUUGACUCUAGAAGGAUUGCGGCUGAAAGAAUUCAUGUUGAGCGCGCUAUCAUGCGAAUGAAGUCUUUUAGACUGUUGAACACUAAAUACAGUAUAAAAACAUUACAUAAUGCAGAUAAAACUGUCCGUGUAGUUGCAGCUUUGUGCAACAUGAGAGAUUCAUUAAUACGGGAUGAUGUUGUUGACUAG